AUGAUCGCCACCUCCAUCUCUACCUUCACCCUCAACACCUCCACCCUCACCCUCAACAACUCCACCGUCAACAUCUCCACCUCCACCGUCAACAUCUCCACCUCCACCCUCAACAUCUCCACCUCCAUCUCCAUCCUCGACCUCAACACCUCCACCGGCAACAUCGCCACCUCCAUCUCUACCUUCACCCUCAACACCUCCACCCUCACCCUCAACACCUCCACCGUCAACAUCUCCACCUCCACCCUCAACAUCUCCACCUCCAUCUCUACCUUCACCCUUAACACCUCCACCCUCACCCUCAACACCUCCACCGUCAACAUCUCAACUCCACCCUCAACAUCUCCACCUCCAUCUCCAUCCUCGACCUCAACACCUCCACCCUCAACAUCGCCACCUCCAUCUCUACCUUCACCCUCAACACCUCCACCCUCACCCUCAACACCUCCACCCAUCUCCACCUCCACCCUCAACAUCGCCACCUCCAUCUCUACCUUCACCCUCAACACCUCCACCCUCACCCUCAACAACUCCACGGUCAGCAUCUCCACCUCCACCCUCAACAUCGCCACCUCCAUCUCUACCUUCACCCUCAACACCUCCACCCUCACCCUCAACAACUCCACCGUCAACAUCUCCAACUCCACCCUCAACAUCUCCACCCUCACCCUCAACACCUCCACCCUCACCCUCAACACCUUCACCGUCAACAUUGCCACCUCCAUCUCUACCUUCACCCUCAACACCUCCACCCUCACCCUCAACACCUCCACCGUCAACAUCUCCACCUCCACCCUCAACAUCGCCACCUCCAUCUCUACCUUCACCCUCAACACCUCCACCCUCACCCUCGACACCUCCACCGUCAACAUCUUAAACUCCACCCUCAACACCUCCACCCUCACCCUCGACACCUCCACAGUCAACAUCUCCAACUCCACCGUCAACAUCUCCAACCUCAUCCUCAACACCUCCACCGUCAACAUCUCCACCUCCACCCUCAACAUCGCCACCUCCACCUCUACCUUCACCCUCAACACCUCCACCCUCACCCUCAACAACUCCACCGUCAACAUCUCCACCUCCACCCUCAACACCUCCACUCUCAACACCUCCACCGUCAACAUCUACACCUCCACCAUCAACACCUCCACCUCCAUCUCCAUCCUCGACCUCAACACCGCCAUCAACAUUUCCACCCUCACCCUCAACACCUCCACCGUCAACAUCUCCACCUCCACCCUCAAAACCUGCAACCUCACUCUCAAAACCUGCAAUCCCACUCUCAACACCUGCAACCUCACUCCCAACACCUGCAUCCUCACUUCACACCUCACCUUCAACACCUCCAUCAACAUCUCCACCCUCACACUCAACACCUCCACCGUCAACAUCUCCACCUCCACCCUCAACAUCUCCACCUCCAUCUCUACCUUCACCCUCAACACCUCCACCCUCACCCUCAACACCUCCACCGUCAACAUCUCCACGUCCACCCUCAACAUCGCCACCUCCAUCUCUACCUUCACCCUCAACACCUCCACCCUCACCCUCAACAACUCCACCGUCAACAUCUCCAACUCCACCCUCAACAUCUCCACCCUCACCCUCACCCUCAACACCUACACCGUCAACAUCUCCACCUCCACCCUCAACACCUCCACUCUCAACACCUCCACCGUUAACAUCUCCACCUCCACUCUCAACACCUCCACCCUCAACACCUCCACCUCCAUCUUUACCUUCACCCUCAACACCUCCACCCUCACCCUCAACACCUCCACCGUCAACAUCUCCACCUCCACCCUCAACAUCUCCACCUCCAUCUCUACCUUUCCCCUCAACACCUCCACCCUCACCCUCAACAACUCCACCGUCAACAUCUCCACCUCAACCCUCAACAUCUCCACCUCCAUCUCUACCUUCACCCUCAACACCUACACACUCACCCUCAACAACUCCACCGUCAACAUCUCCACCUCCACCCUCAACAUCGCCACCUCCAUCUCUACCUUCACCCACAACACCUCCACCCUCACCCUCAACACCUCCACCGUCAACAUCUCCACCUCCACCCUCAACAUCUCCACCUCCAUCUCUACCUUCACCCUCAACACCUCCACCCUCAUCCUCAACAACUCCACCACAUCCAGCCUUACUCUCAACAUCUGCAACCUCACUCUCAACAAGUGCAACCUCACCCUCAACACCUGCAACCUAUGUCUUAAUACCUGCAACCUCACUCACAACACCUGCAUCCUCACCCUCAACACCUGCAUCCUCACUCUCAACACCUGCAUCUUCACUCCCAACACCUGCAUCCUCACUCCCAACACCUUCACAUUCAACACCUGCAACCUCACCCUAAACACCUGCAACCUCACCUUCAAGACAUCCAGCCUCACUCUCAACAUCGGCAACCUCACUCUCAACAAGUGCAACAUCACUUUCAACACCUGCAACCUCACCCUAUACCUCACCCUCAACACCUGCAACCUCACCUUCAAGACAUCCAGCCUCACUCUCAACAUCGGCAACCUCACUCUCAACAACCUUACUCUCAACAUCUGCAACCUCACUCUCAACAAGUGCAACCUCACCCUCAACACCUGCAACCUAUGUCUUAAUACCUGCAACCUCACUCACAACACCUGCAUCCUCACCCUCAACACCUGCAUCCUCACUCUCAACACCUGCAUCUUCACUCCCAACACCUGCAUCCUCACUCCCAACACCUUCAGCUUCACAUUCAACACCUGCAACCUCACCCUAAACACCUGCAACCUCACCUUCAAGACAUCCAGCCUCACUCUCAACAUCGGCAACCUCACUCUCAACAAGUGCAACAUCACUUUCAACACCUGCAACCUCACCCUAUACCUCACCCUCAACACCUGCAACCUCACCCUAAACACCUGCAACCUCACCUUCAAGACAUCCAGCCUCACUAUCAACAUCUGCAACCUCACUCUCAACAAGUGCAACAUCACUUUCAACACCUGCAACCUCACCCUAUACCUCACCCUCAACCUCACCCUAAACACCUGCAACCUCACCUUCAAGACAUCCAGCCUCACUCCCAACACCUGCAGCUUCACUUUCAACAUCUGCAACCUCACCCUCAACACCUGCAACCUCACCCUAAACACCAGCAACCUCACCUUCAAGACAUCCAGCCUCACUCUCAACAUCUGCAACCUCACUCUCAACAAGUGCAACCUCACCCUCAACACCUGCAACCUAUGUCUCAAUACCUGCAACCUCACUCACAACACCUGCAUCCUCACCCUCAACACCUGCAUCCUCACUCUCAACACCUGCAUCUUCACCCCAACACCUGCAUCCUCACUCCCAACACCUUCAGCUUCACAUUCAACACCUGCAACCUCACCCUCAACAUCUGCAACCUCACCCUAA